AUGCUUGGCCAGUACCUACGCCCAUCCCACCUAUGGCUCCCGUUACGCGUUUCCCUACGUCCUCCAUCUAUGGUUGCUGGACGGAGACUGGCAACAACGACUAGUGGACCGGAAGCCGGUGUCACGGAUCCAGCCGCAUAUUGCAAGGACUUGGUACGGACACGCGACUACGAAAGCUACCUCAUUGGAUCUUUCUAUCCGCGGGAGUUGCAAGGGGCGUUUUUCGCACUGCGUGCUUUCUAUGUGGAACUAGCUUCCGUACAGGACAACGUCUCCAACUCCGUGAUAGGCAAGAUGCGUCUGCAAUUCUGGAGAGACGCUCUCAAGAGCAACGCUGAUGGCAGACCCCCACAACAUCCGAUUGCGCUCGCACUACAUGACGCUUCGCGUCGCGCAAACCUGCCUGCGUAUCAUCUGCGCAGAAUGAUUGAUGCUAGGGACGCUGAGUUGCACACUCCAAUGCACCUGACAAUGGAGUCGCUCAUGGCGCACGCGGAGUCGACAACAUCAACAUACCUCUACCUGUUGCUGUCAAUGCUGAACCUGUCGUCGUCUUCGGCAUUUUCGCACGCAGCAUCGCACCUGGGCGUGGCACAAUGUGUGCACAUUCUCCUGCGGGCGCUGUCUUAUCAUGCGUCGAAGGGAAGGAUGGUCAUUCCCGCCGAAAUCACUGCGCGUCAUGGGGUGCGCCAAGAGGACGUGUUCCGUCGGGGUGGGAAUGCGGAUGGGAUCUCGGACGCCGUGUUCGAGUUCGCGACGGUGGCCAAUGACAACUUGCUCACUGCGCGUGAGAUGCUCAAGGACGCGGCGGCCGGGAGAAAGGUGCCCCGGCAAGCAAUGUCAGUGUUUCUGUAUGGGCUACCGACGCAAGAUUACCUCGGACGCCUCGAGGCGGCCAAUUUUGACGCGUUCGCGCCGUCGCUGCAGUUGCGGGACUGGAAGUUGCCGUGGAAGGUCUGGCGGGGAUACUACAAAGGCGAUUUUUGA